AUGAAUCCUUACUACAGUUCUAGAAUAUCUGAUUGCAGAGGACUUGAUGAUAUACCCUAGUCAGUCGACACUUCUAAGAGGUGUCUUGAUGAUAGAACUCUCAGAAAUGAUACAUCAUAUUUGAUAAAUUAAAACAUGUAGAAUAACUUAACUCAAAAUAUAAAUAUGAAUAAUAGAACAUACUAGGAUAAUUCUAAUAAUGGCACAUUUAUAAUUCAGAAUUAGAAUGAGAUUUUAGAAGACAGAGCUAUAUCCUACAUCAAUUGUUCCUUCAAUUAGCCUUGUUUUAAAAAAGACAAUGGAGAUGAUGAUGAAGAGCCUGAGCAACCAGAUAGUCCUCCAUAAAAUGAAAGAGAGAUUGAAGUAGUAGAUAAUAAUAUUUGUUUAUCACAGUAAAGAGAGCAAGAUUAUAAUCAAUAAAAUCGUUACUUGGAUAUCUAAAAUGGAGAGCUCAAUAUAAGAUAGGAAUUAAAUCCUCCCAUAAAUUUCCUACAAAAUCCUGAUAGGGAAGAUCUAGAUUAAUAAAUCGAAUUGUAAUCUAAUUCAUAAAUAUCAAAUGUUAGGAAUAACAUAAGGAAUAAUGAUAAUAGUAGUUUAUAAUAAAAUGAAUCAAGGAACUUAUAAUAAUUACACUAUUAACAUUAGUAAUAAUAUUUAAGGAGAUUAAUAUAAUCUAGAUUAAAUAAUUAAAAUAAUUAAAGACAAUUAAACCAGAAUCAACCACUACCUCCCUUGUAACAAAAUUUCCUGGCUAUUUAAUAAGCUGCACAUCCUUUUAAUAGCUUAAAUAUUUUACAGUAGCAAUAACUACUGUUAUAAAAUUAAGCUUAAAUAUAAAGAUUGUAGAAUUCAAUAAACAGAUAUUCUUAAAAUGCUGCUAAUUAAAGAUUAAAUAACUCAAGAUAAAAUGAAAGUGCCUAAAGAUACAACUAAAAUGAAAAUAAUUUUCUAAGUAUGAAUUAAAGAAACCUAUAAAAUUAUCACAACUCUUUGAUUCAACAAAAUACAAUAUUGAGGAUGAAUUUGAUCAGAAAUCAAAUACGGUAACUGUAGAGAGAUGAAUUAUCAGAUCAAGAAUCUGUAAACUAAAACUAAUUGGAAAAUUAAGAGUAAGAGGAUUAAUAUAGAUAGGCUGAGUAGCUCAACGAAAUAAUUAGAAACACAAGACGAAGAAUGAAUGAAUAAAAUAAUAGAAGAUCUAACAGAGUGAAUUAAAUAUAAUUAGGAGGAAGAGUGCAAUAAGUAAUUGAGUUAGAUGAAGAAGACAAAGUUAGAGCUAAAAUUGUUUUCAAAAAAGCUUUAACCCAUCUUGUCAUACUUUCCAUCUUUAGUGUUUUUAUCCUAGCUGUCUUUUAUUUAAACUUUUUAAUGUAGGGCAUCUGGCUUGUUUUCUUCUUUGUCUUCUGUUUUUUCACAGGAAAUAAAAUUUCAAUCUACAAGAAUCUCUCAGAAGAUACAUAAUUAGAAGAUAAAAGAAUGGCUUUUUUUAAUGUUGUGGAAUACUUCUUUAUUAAUAUUUUAUUCUUAAUGAUUUUUUUAUUUAUGAGGAUUGUAUCUCAACCUAUCACACUAUUAUUAGUGUACUCUCCUUUCGUACAUAUUAUUUGGUGGCUUGUAUUUACAACUAAAACUUAGGAAAGCAUGAAUAGACAUAUAGAACUAUUAUUACGUAUAUAUGCAGUAACUCAAUGUCUUUUAUUUUCCGUUUAGUUUGAUUCAAUAGUAAAUUGGUCUUGGGUUUCUAUCUUUCUUCCUUCAUGGAUUUUGCUCAGUUCACUUGGAUUUUAUAUUUUUGGAUUAACAAUUUUAUUUUUAUGCUCUCUUUAUUAUUGUCUAGUUGGAUAAACUGAUAAAUAUUAAAUAAAAGGACUAAUGUGGUGUCUAAUGGUGAGUAUCCAUGUAGUAGGAAAUUCAUUGUUUUUUCUUCUAGGAUUAAUGGACUAUUAUUAGGAAGGAAAUAUAUAGACAUUAAGGUACUGUUCUGCUGCACUAAUUACAGGUAGUGUAAUCUCAUCUAUUUAUACUGUAGCAUGUUCAGAUGAUUUAGAAAUUUUUAUAGCUUUAGCUAAUUCAGAAAGUCUGUUUAGCGGAUCCCAUUAAGUUCAUGUUGAAGGAGCUAAUCAAAGAGAUGAAGAGAAUUAAGAUAACAAUCAUGAUAAUUAAAGCAAUAAUUCUAAUCUUGAAUAAGAAAUGUAAGUUCCUAACUUAGCUCCUCCAAAUUUUCCCCUUCCUUAAAAUUAAAUCAAACCUAAAAAGGUAAAAAUUAUUAAGACAACCAAAUAGAUCCCUUCUUCCAUUCCAUAGUUCUUAAUCAGAUUCUCUUCUACUUAUUUUAUGAAAAGUGAUGUAAAUAAAGAGGUAGCAGCACAUUUAGAACAAAUAAGAAAAGAUAAAAAAAACAAAAUAGAUUAAAAAUAAAAUGAAGAAGAAAAGAAAAAAUUAAGUUAAAGAAACUCUGAAACUAAAAGUAAAUAGAACAGACCUAGCACAAUUUCUCAGAAUAAUGCAUUCGAAGAUUUGAAUUUGCCUAAAACUUCACAAAAAAUAGAAGGUAAUAUGUAAGAAGAUUUACCAUAGACUAAUAAGGAAAAUAAAUAAACGGAUAGAUCAAGACAUGACUCAAAACUAACAUCCUAACCUAGCUGUCAAUAAUGUUUGGUAUGUUUCGAUAAUCAACCAGAUUCAGUCAUAUUAGAAUGUGGUCAUGGAGGUUUAUGCAAUUAGUGUGCUCUAGAUAUAUGGAAAAAAACAGGAGAGUGUUACCUUUGCAGAUAAACGAUAUCUAAAAUAGUUUAAAUAGACAUAAAUAAUAAUCAGGGAAAAUAUAAACAAGUUGUUGCAGUAUCUAAUAUGCAUGAAAUUUCUUAAGAUUAAGAGAUAAUGAGACUUUCUAAUUUUAUUCAAGAAAAUGCAAUUUAGUAAUUUCAAUAACUAGAAAAUCAAAAUGAAGCAAAUGCUUAGAAUUAAAUUUUAAAUUAAUUAAAUUAAGUAUUAUAAAAUUAAAAUGCAGGAUAAGAUUAGUAAGUAUAGUAAUAAAAUAUAGAACCAUAAAUUCAAUAAUAAAACUAAGAAGAAAUUUAACAAAACAACUAAAUUUAGGAUGAAAACCAAAUAUAAAACAUAUAACCUUAAAUACAACUAAAUAAUCAAAUUUUGUAAUAAGGAUAGCAAGAUUUUUAGAUUUAGCAAAUUGAAUUAUAGUAGGAUUCAAAUAUAAAUUUAUAGUAAAAUGCAUUAAUAAUUGAAUAACAUCAAAUUUCAUAACAGGUUUAACAGAAUGAGCCUUAACAAAAUGAAAUAUUUUUAGAUAUAAAUUAGAAUGUUGAAUCUUAAUAAGAUAGAUUAUAAGUAAAUUAAUAAUGUUAGAAAGAAGAUAUAACAAUUAUUUAGUAUGAUGAAGAGGAUGAAGAAAUCUAAAAUCCUGACAAAAGAAAUCAUUAUUAAGACACUAAAAUUAAUAAAGUAACUCUCUCUUCUUAUAUCAACUAGUAGAAUUUUUAGGCAGAUUUUUCAUCAAUAAAUUUAUCUGAUUAUGAAAAUAUUUAAAAUUCGAUAACUCAUUAGAAAAAUGGAAAUUAGGAUGAUAUUUCAUAAUAAACUCUUUCAAUUGAAUAGUUAGAAAAGUAAAUGGAAGAAAUAAAUAAGUAAGAUAAUUUAUAAAAUUGUGUUAGCAAUUACCCAUCAGAAGUUAAUUCUAUUAAGAAACCUGAAUAGUCAGCAUGUUUUUCUAUACAUGAAAAAUAAAAAAAUUCAUAAGAAAAAAAUUAGUCUUAACAUUCAUCAGAAUAAAGCAUUAACUUUGAAGAAUGCUAAAAGCAAAUAAGUGAAGUUUAAUUAAGUUAACAAAUUUCAUCAUAAAACAAUAAUGCAGCUUAAAAUGUACCUGCUAUAAUUAACAUAAAAAGGAUUUCAUAGUUAGAUAAUAAAAUAGAACAUGAUAAUGAAAUUGAUGAAUAAAAUUUAAAUUAACAUCUCCAAUUGAGUAAUUAAAACGGAAUACAAAAUAAUAAAGAAUGUUAGAGUAUUUAAUUUGAUCAAUAGUAAAACUAAAUAGUGAAAAAUAAAGAAUAAAUAUUAAUUCAAAGUGGUAAUGGAAAAACUAUUAGUCAAGUAGAUGAUAAAUAAAAUAAUUCAUAAAAGAACACUCAAGUAGAAUGGGAUAUUGAAGAAACUUUGUAGUCAACAAACAGAAGUGUUUAAACCAAACUGUAUUAAUCUGGUCAUUAUGCAGUUUUUUAGCCUAAAAAAAGUGAUGGAGAUGUCACUUCAUGCUCUUAAAGCUCUUCAGACGCUUAAAAAAUAUAAAUUCUAGAUAAGUAUAUGAGUAAAUAUUUCAAUAGUUCACCAGAAGAUUAGGUAUUCUGCCAAACAAAAGAAAUAUUUGCAGUUAACAAUAAUAAAGUUAAUUUACAAACUAAUGGUGAUAAACAAGAUGAGUAUUUUAUAAAAAAAUAAGAUGAAAUAGUUAAUUAUGCUUCAGAAAACAAAGAAAAUGAAAAUAAUCCUUCAGAUGAAGAUCCUCCUUUGAUCUAAAGGAUAAUAGGAAUUGAUUAAAAGUUAAAUAAUAAUAAUAAUAAUAACUUAGAAGAAUAAAAUAAAGUUUAAAAUUUUCUAAAUGAUAAAUUCAUCUAAUUAGAUGAAUAACAUAUAGAGUAAUAGGUAUCUAACUGUACAAUAGAUAAAGAAACAUAAUUAAUCAAUUUCGAUGAAGAUUGUGAAGAUGAUUGA